AUGGUUGUUCAGGAAAACAUUGGCAAUGAUGGUGAAAGGCGUACACAACAGAUUGUUAAGGUCGAUGAGAUUAAAAACUAUUUGGAUUGCCGGUACUUAUCGCCGUGUGAAGCUGUGUGGAGAAUGCUUGCAUUUCCUAUACAUUACUCAUUUCCAUCCGUCAUGAAGCUAACGUUCCAUACACCUAACCAACAUCUAAUCACGUUACGUGAUUCGGACAGCUUACCGGCCCUGUUAAACCGGGACGGGAUACGAGACACAAUGUUCACCCAAUGGUUUGCGCUGAACAGCAGAGAUGCAGCGGCAAGAAAGUUUACGUACGCCGAGAUACCUACAAAGUAUGUUUGGCAAGAGGAUAACAAGGUAUGGAAAACGCGGUUGGAGCGGCCAGCCAUUGGGCGGAUUGUGUAUUGCAAUCCAGCAGCUGGGCCAAAGUAUUAUUUAAGGAUGUUGUUGGGAAUUGUCAGAGGGCCCCGAAGUUUCGAAGAAAUAAAAACGGUCGACGGAGUCGUGUAUGAAACGUUCAAAGAGGCCUGCUAUGCGUACGGCUUACUUAAUGAUGACAAGGAGUGGAAUGACGCUCUUUCAGAGGCUAAAUUAUGGGCGUCCGGUUCCCAGCUACGGGAAUUGUUUGUUACCAUAUUGUUGUUUUGCGAAGUGAACCGCCCGGCACAAUUGUGGGCACAGAACUGGGAGAUACUAUCUGAUGAUAUUUUGUACAUGAAACGUAGGCUCUUCAUGUUUCCGGGAUUACAUUUAUCGGACGACCAGCUUAAGAACUACUGCCUAAUUGAACUAAAUGAACUAUUGGAGAAAAAUGGAAAAUCGUUGGAGGAUUUCACAGAUAUGCCACAACCAGAUACGUCGCUCCUCGAUAAGCUGGAUAAUCGUCUAAUCAGGGAAGAGUUGAGUUACAAUAAAAAAAAGUUGACAGACGAACACGAUCAGUUAUAUGCAUCACUCAACACGGAACAAACGGUCAUAUACGACACAGUCAUUGAUUCUGUUGUCACCCGAAAAGGAGGGUUUUAUUUCGUGUAUGGUCCGGGUGGGACAGGCAAGACUUUCCUGUACAAAGCCAUCCUGUCACGCUUAAGAUCGAUGGGCCUGAUUGCCCUUGCGGUUGCAUCUUCAGGUAUCGCAUCACUUCUAUUACCCGGUGGUCGGACAGCUCAUAGCCGCUUCGCUAUCCCUUUAGAAUUACUUAACAAUAGCACGUGUGCCAUCAAACAAAAUACCCAAUUGGCACACCUUUUACAAGAGGUAAGGUUAAUCAUCUGGGACGAAGCACCAAUGAUGCAAAAAUAUGCCUUUGAAGCACUUGAUAAAACACUUAGAGAUAUAUUGGGGUUUUGUACCUACACAAACAGGGAACGUGUGUUUGGUGGCAUGCCUAUCUUGCUUGGUGGUGAUUUCAGGCAAAUCCUUCCCGUCAUCCCAAAGGGAAAAAGAGAAGAUGUUGUUCAGGCAUGCAUAAAUAAAUCGUACCUAUGGAAAAGUUGUGAAAUCUUCACUCUUCACCGUAGUAUGCGUGUCAACGAAUACACCUCAACAGGUGUGAUAGACAUGGAUAGGCAAUGUUUCAACAAAUGGUUGUUAGAAAUCGGCGAUGGAAUCGUUCCCUCAAAAGCCAAAGAAGGUGAAGAUGAGUCAACCUGGAUCGAGAUACCCACCAGGUUCAUCGUUGAUAGUUGUGGUCUUCCUGUGGCCUCGAUUGUUAACGCUGUCUUCCCAUCGUUUACAGAAAGGCAGGACGAUGACGAUUUUUUGUGUGAAAGAGCAAUACUAACCCCGCGCAAUAUGGACGCUGACGAAAUCAAUGAUUACAUGUUUGCACAAUUGAGACGGACCACAAAGACCUACAAGAGCUCUGAUGAGAUAUGUCGCGCAUCCACGGAUGUAUUAGAACAGGAACAACUCUAUCCGUCUGAAUUCCUAAACUCUUUGACAUUCCCAGGUAUGCCACCGCACGCUUUGCAUUUAAAAGAAGGCCUCCCUAUCAUGCUUUUAAGAAAUGUGAACCCCUCGCAAGGCUUAUGUAAUGGCACCCGUCUUAUUAUCACAGACCUUGGGAAAUUUGUUAUCAAGGCUAGGAUACUUACUGGGUCAAAUCGUGGAGAUACUGCAUUAAUACCGAGGAUAACCCUUUCAUCCACGAAAUCAAAAUGGCCAUUCAUUAUGAAAAGACGUCAGUUCCCAGUGAAACCAUGCUAUGCAAUGACCAUUAAUAAAAGCCAAGGCCAAUCAUUAAAAGUUGUUGGUCUCUAUUUGCCCCGACCUGUGUUUAGCCAUGGCCAGCUUUAUGUCGCUCUUUCAAGGGUUACGACACCUGAAGGUUUAAAGAUUGUCAUCGUCGGGGAUGGCAACGGUGGCAUGAAGAACCAUACCAGAAACAUUGUUUACAAAGAAACAGACGCAACUGCAGCUGAACCUGAAGCAAUGGACGUAGAUGAACCUCCAGUUGCACCAACCAUAUCCGCUGAAAGGGUUGCUGCAUUUAGGCUUACAUUUGAGCGGCAUAGACAUGAUACACUGUUUUAA